UGAUGGUGACGUCUGAGGCGGAGUGUUGGAACGCGUGGUGGUGAGGCGAACAAUACGUAGCGCCGGUGUGUCCUGUCUCUUGCUUCACCAGUGCUCCCGCUCAUGACUGCCGCCCUGCCCUAGAAAUGUGUUCUCGGUGUUUCUGAGUGAGUGCUUUAGUGUGUGAUAACAAGAAAACAUGACUAAAGAGAUGAACAAAGACGCCGAAGCGUAUGACAGGGAAUAUGAUGGGUUUCUCAAGCAGCUUGAAGAGUUUCAUCAACAGAGAGGGACGGCCUUCAAGCGCCUGCCUCGCAUCAACGGGAAGGGAGUGGACCUCUACCUGCUGUAUGUGGUGGUGACGGCGCGCGGCGGCUGGCAGAAGGUCAACGCUCGCUGUGAAUGGGAUGACAUUCUCGAGGACUUUCGUCUACCAGCUGCCUGUGUCAACUCUGCCACGGCCCUCAAGCACAUAUACAUAAGGUAGGUGUUUCCUCUCUGUGUG